AUGGCGGCACCACCGGGGGGUUAUUCAAUCAAUGUGAAUGACCCGACACUGAUCGCCCUCGUCAACAAAUUGCAAGAUGUCUUUACCACGGUCGGAGUACAAAAUCCCAUUGAUCUACCCCAGAUUGUCGUAGUUGGGUCACAAUCAAGUGGAAAGAGUUCGGUGCUUGAGAACAUUGUUGGCAGAGACUUUCUCCCUCGAGGCUCUGGCAUUGUAACACGACGACCGCUUGUCCUACAGCUCAUCAACAGACCAGCACCCGCCAAACUCCAAACAAAUGGCGUCUCGGAAGCGGAGUUGAAGGAAUCUGGUGACAGUGAAGCCAACGUCAAUGAGUGGGGAGAGUUCCUCCAUCUGCCUGGACAGAAGUUCUUCGACUUCAACAAGAUUCGGGACGAGAUUGUCAAGGAAACAGAGGCGAAAGCAGGCAGAAAUGUCGGUAUCUCGCCAGCGCCGAUCAAUCUGCGUAUCUACUCUCCCAAUGUCCUCACCCUGACGCUAGUCGACUUGCCGGGUCUGACGAAGGUUCCCGUUGGCGAUCAACCACGAGACAUCGAGCGACAAAUCAAAGAGAUGGUUCUGAAGCAGAUAUCCAAACCUAAUGCCAUCAUUCUGGCCGUUACAGCAGCCAAUGUCGAUUUGGCCAACUCUGACGGAUUGAAGCUUGCUCGUGAAGUCGAUCCAGAGGGACAGCGGACCAUUGGUGUGCUCACCAAGAUCGAUUUGAUGGACCAAGGUACCGAUGUCGUCGAUAUUCUUGCCGGAAGGAUCAUUCCGCUCAGAUUGGGCUACGUGCCAGUCGUAAACAGAGGACAACGUGAUAUCGAAAACAAGAAGAGAAUUGACUUGGCCCUGAAAGCGGAGAAAGACUUCUUCGAAAACCACCCGUCAUACCGAAACAAAGCCUCAUACUGCGGUACUCCAUAUCUGGCCCGAAAGCUCAACCUCAUCUUGAUGAUGCACAUCAAACAAACGCUGCCAGACAUCAAGACUCGCAUUGCCACUUCUCUGCAGAAAUAUUCCCAAGAGUUGGAACAGUUGGGCGCCGGCGACAUCCUUGGAAACAACACCUCAAACAUCAUUCUCAACAUCAUUACCGAAUUUGCAAAUGAGUAUAGAACGGUGCUGGAAGGAAACAGUGCCGAUUUGUCCACCUUGGAGCUUUCCGGUGGUGCCAGAAUUUCCUUUGUCUACCACGAACUUUACUCGAAUGGAAUCAAGGCUAUCGAUCCUUUCGAACAAGUUAAGGACAUUGAUAUUCGCACAAUUCUGUACAACUCUUCAGGUUCUUCACCAGCCCUUUUUGUUGGCACCACGGCUUUCGAGCUUAUCGUAAAGCAACAAAUUCGACGCUUGGAGGAACCAUCCCUCAAGUGUGUCUCUUUGGUCUUCGACGAACUCGUCCGAAUUUUGGGUCAAUUACUUACCAAGCAAUUGUUCCGACGAUACCCCCAGCUCAAGGAGAGGUUCCAUGGUGUUGUCAUCUCCUUCUUCAAAAAGGCCAUGGAGCCCACCAAUAAGCUCGUCAAAGAUUUGGUAGCUAUGGAGGCGUGCUACAUCAACACUGGCCAUCCGGAUUUCCUCAAUGGCCAUCGUGCCAUGGCCAUUGUGAACGACCGUCACAACGCAAACAAACCCACUCAGGUCGACCCUAAGACUGGCAAGCCUCUACCAGGGGGACCGGUCACUCGACCAGCUUCCCCGGGUCUGCCAACUGACGGCUCGGAGCCCAAUUCUGGCUUCUUUGGCUCGUUCUUUGCAAGCAAAAACAAGAAGAAGAUGGCGGCAAUGGAACCACCCCCAGCCACACUGAAGGCUAGCGGAACGUUAUCCGAGCGAGAGAACCAGGAAGUCGAAGUCAUCAAGCUCCUGAUCAACAGCUACUUCAACAUUGUUCGAAGAACGAUGAUUGACAUGGUACCCAAGGCAAUCAUGUUGGUUCUUGUACAGCACACAAAGGACGAAAUGCAACGUGAACUGCUCGAACAGAUGUACAGAACGACGGAACUCGACGAGCUACUUAAGGAGAGCGACUACACUGUCAGACGGCGGAAGGAGUGCCAACAGAUGGUCGAGAGUUUGAGCAAGGCCAGCGAGAUUGUCAGCCAAGUGCAGUAG